AGCGACAAGGAUUUUUUUUCCAGCAGUCCAAGUGAUGGCUCUCCUGCUACCUUAUUGGAUUCGCCAGGCAAAAAACUACGCAUUUCCAUAGCGUCCGAAGAUUCUCAGAAUCUACCAUAUUUUGAAGGACCAGAUCUAAGAAAUGUGCAUUUAAAAGGAACCCCGUCAAAUGCUUUCAGAUUCAGUGUUUCAAGUGUUCCCAGCUCAUCAAGUCAUGGCUCAGCUCAGUAUGAUUCUGAUGCUUAUGGGGAUGUGUACGUGUGGGGUGAAAUUAUAUGUAGCUCUUCCAUAACUGCCACUGAUAGUGAUAUUAAACAUUUCAGUGCAAAAAAUGAUAUUCUGCUUCCCAAGCCGCUGGACUCCAAUGUUAUUUUGGACAUUCAACAUGUUGCAUGCGGGGUCAAGCAUGCUGCAUUUGUUACAAGACAUGGAGAAGUAUUUACAUGGGGUGAAGAAUGUGGUGGUCGAAUUGGUCAUGGAGUUGGGGCAGAUGCCCUUCACCCCACUCUUGUCGAAUCUUUAUCAGCUUCCAAAAUAGAUUAUGUUGCUUGUGGGGAAUUUCAUACAUGUGCUGUUUCACUAAGUGGCGAACUUUAUACAUGGGGAGAUGGUGCUCAUAAGGCAGGGUUACUUGGUCAUGGAACAUAUAUUAGUCACUGGAUACCUAAAAGAAUUUCUGGACCUCUGGAAGGACUUCAAGUUGCAUCUGUUUCAUGUGGAACUUGGCAUACAGCCUUGUUAACUACAGCAGGGCAGUUGUUCACAUUUGGGGACGGUACUUUUGGUGCUUUGGGCCAUGGAAACAGAGAGAGUGCUUUAUAUCCAAGGGAAGUAGAUUCUUUGAGUGGAUUGAAGACCAUUGCUGUUUCAUGUGGGGUCUGGCAUACAGCUGCAGUUGUAGAGGUUAUUGUAACACAAUCUAGUGAAUCCUCUGGUAAAUUGUUUACAUGGGGUGAUGGGGACAAGUACUGUCUCGGAAAUGGUGACAAGGAACCUUGCCUUAAGCCCACUUGUGUACCAUCAUUGAUUGAUUAUAAUUUUCAUAAGGUAGCAUGUGGUCAUAGUCUUACAAUUGGCUUGACUACUUCAGGCAAUGUUUUUACGAUGGGGAGCACUGUUUACGGUCAGCUUGGUAAUACUCAUUCUGAUGGAAAGCUUCCAUGCUUAGUUGAGGAUAAGCUUGCCAAUGAGUUUGUCAAAGAGGUUGCUUGUGGUUCCUAUCAUGUUGCUGUUUUGACGUCAAGGAACGAAGUUUAUACAUGGGGAAAGGGUGCCAAUGGGCGAUUAGGCCAUGGCGACCUUGAAGAUCGAAGGACUCCCAUGCUUAUUGAAGCUUUAAAGGAUAGACCUGUGAAACACAUUGCAUGUGGGGGGAAUUUCACAGCUGCCAUAUGUUAUCAUAAAUGGGUCAGCACUGCAGAGCAAUCUCUGUGUACAACUUGUAGACAACUAUUUGGAUUCACUCGCAAGAGGCAUAACUGCUACAAUUGUGGUCUCAUACAUUGCCAUUCUUGCAGCUCUAAAAGGGCCUUGAGGGCUGCUUUGGCUCCUAACCCCAAAAAACUAUACCGUGUUUGUGAUUCCUGCUAUGAGAAAUUGAAUAAACCGGUUAAUUAUGGAGAAAUGUAUGACAAGAAAAUCACUUUACCUCGCUUGUCAGGUGAUAGCAAAGACUAUUCUGACAAAGCUGACUUCAAAUUGCUCAAGACUGCUUCACUUAGCAAAUUGGACUUACUUAAGAUUCUGGAUACUAAGGCAACUAAACAAGGAAAAAAAUCUGAUGCAUUACCUUUGGUUCGUCCCCAAAUACCAUUACCUUCACUUCGCCCUCAAUUUUCUUCAUUAUUACACUUCGGAGAUGCUGCCUAUUCUGCUGUGGUCGACAUGCAACGAGCAAAUCCCGGGUUAACCUACUUGUCAGCUGUUCAAUCCAAAAAUCAUUCCAGAGCUAUUUCUCCGUCUUUAAGAACGCAUAGCCCACCACAUUCUGCUGCGCCUGUCCGUGCCAUGUCAGGCCUUUCAUCCUUGAAAAGUAUGGAUGAUAGUCCUACGAAAGCAAAUGUGCUUCUAAACCAGGAAAUUCAAAAGCUGCGUGGCCAGAUUGAUAGCUUAAGACAACGCAGUGAAUUUCAAGAAUAUGAGUUACAUAAAUCAGCAAAGAAAGUUCAGGAAGCUAUGGCAAUUGCUGCAGAGGAAUCUGCAAAGUCUAAAGCUGCAAAAGAAGUCAUAAAAGCUCUCACUGCACAGCUCAAGGAAAUGGCGGAGAAGCUACCAGAGGGCAUCAAUGAUGCUGACUUGAUGAGGUGGAGGUUCCUUCCCAAUGGUGACGGCUUUGAUACUCUUCAUUGUGAAAACUCGAAUGCAGUUCAAAAUUUGAUGAACGGUUCAAACAAUGUUUCAAAACAACUUGAUCCUUUAACUCUUCAUCCUGCUCCUGCUAAUGGAAUUACAAGACUAAAGUCGGCACAGAUUAUCAAUAUUGAAGAUACUGGACUAAGCCAUAAUGUUCAAAAUCACACAAUCCCGGGCCUGGAAGCAAAUACUGAACACGCUCAUAAUUAUAGCAAACCACACAGAUCUAGAAGCAUGUUGGGUUACUUGUAUAGAAAUGAUUCCAAAUCUCUCCAAAAAUUGAAAAAUGGUUCAAAGCCUAGAAGCCGAACAACAGAAAGUAACCAAGUUGAGGCAGAAUGGAUCGAACAAUAUGAGCCUGGUGUAUAUAUAACUCUCAUAGCCCUCCAAGAUGGCUUGCGAGGCCUGAAACGCGUUCGAUUCAGUCGGAGAAAAUUUGGGGAGAAGCAGGCUGAAACAUGGUGGUCAGAGAACCGCGCAAAGGUGUAUGAGAAAUUCAAUGUUCGAGACCAGUCUUCAUCGUUACUCUCACUCUCGGCAGAAUCAUAGAAAGUUAUGUUAUAUUAGAGAAGUUGGCAGUUGUUUGUUUUGGAACAGAAGUGCAGAUUCUGUAAGCGGAGAGGGUUUUCAGCAGUCAUAUUUCAAUAUUUUCUUGUAGGGAGUGUAAUCGACAAUCUGGAAGGUUAGUGAAAGAUACUGCAGUAAGCAAUGUUUGUUUUUAGUUUUUUAACAUUAUUUAUGGUAAUAUUAUCAAUAUAUGUAGGUUAAAUCAUCAAAUUGUACUUCAGGCAGGGUAUAAACCGUUACACAAUUUCACUAAUGUAUAGCUAGCUGCUCUUUUGGUUGGCUAGAUUGUUUAACAUGCUUCUUUCAUUUUGUCUAGUAAA